CGAGGAGGUUGGGUCGCCGCUUUCAGUCCAAAUCUGGUCAUUUUCUCGCUGAGGUUGCGGGCCGAUAGAUAAACAAAGAUGUCGUCUGUGAACUGCACUACUUUUCGUCUACUUCUGACACCUACUGCUAACAAACAGCCACUGCCAAGAACCUACCUCGCAGAGUGGAGACUAAAACAUCUCAUAUUUUACACAUGUUUACUGACUGUAGCUUUCAUGCCUGCUGCAGUCAGUGCAGCAAGAACAUGUAAGCCGUGGGAGUAUCUUGACGGAGGACGCUGUAAAAGUUGUUCUAACCGACGCUGUGAGCCUGGCCAGAGACAAGUGGAACCGUGCGGGUCCGGUAAAGAUGUGGUGUGUGAAGACUGCGUCCCUCUGGCGGAAGGAUACACUUGUCAGAGUGGUGCAGAGCGGACAUGUGUGUUAUGUGACCGCCAGGGAAAGAAAACCGUCCGACCUUGCGACAGACUUUCACAAACUGUUUGCGGCGGGUGUUUAGAAGGAUACUUUGCGAAAGCCACACCCUGGGGUAAAGUUGAUUGCAUUCACUGCGACUUCGACAAAGCAAACAGCUCCGACUGCCCUGUAAAGGUCAAAGAAACAGGAAACCAGGAUCCGGAAGCAUCAGAGGAAGUGUCACAGCAGAAAACCCAUCUGCAGUCCCCAGGAAUUUACGCCAUGGCAGCCGUGAGCGUGGCGUUCGGAGCUGUCAUGUUUCUCCUGCUCAUCACAGCAGUCAUAUCAGCCAGACUCGGCCUGUGGCAGAAGAUUAAACAUCGGCUAAAGAGACGUAACCACACACACCUGUCUACUGACAACUUGGACCCAGAGAUCGCCUCAGGUACAUGUGUAAGUAAGAGUGACGCAGACGAGACCUGUCCAACAUCUGGACCCAGCAGUGCUGAGAGACACCGUGAACAUACCAACGAUGUUGGCUAUCAUCAGGAGAAGUUUGUUGCACAACCAGCUUCCGCAACCGUUUGCGCAAUACCAGACUACCCUUGGCCAGCGCAUGAAGACUUCAAUGAAAGCACCAACUUGGUGGACAAACCAGACAUGUCCAAAGAGCUGGAGGGCACAUCUUCUCCCUUCAGGAUCACGGACGAUGAUGAGAGCCCGGUCUUCGUCUUCCCCCAAGUCACGACCAGAAAUGUUUCCGAGAGUUCUGAUGGUCCCCCGUCCUCACCUGUUGUCGUUUUAGCCGGUCAGACAGCCCAGGUCCAUAAGACCACCAAGCGGACACCCGGUAACAAUCAGACAGCCAAUACCUACAGGACAAAACUUGCAAAAUACCUCCAACCUGGAUAUGAAAUACAGCUGAGAGACGACUGGUUCAACUUUGACCGACAACAGCAUCUAUCAGCCCAACUGGACCAGAUACCCCCCGCAGCUUCCCUACCAAACUGGAGAACGUUUUUUGAGACUCUUGGCCAUUUAGAAAAGCUUGAUUUAGAUUCUGUAAACAAUGCUCGUGUAGACAGCCCGACUCUUGCCCUGUUUAAGGUCCUAGAAACUCGGAAUGUCGAGAACAUGCUGACUAUUGGGCACGUGCUAGAGGCUUUAGAUAAAACUAAGUUUACUACACUUGUCGACUACCUUUGUGACGAGAUCAAAAACACUGACUGUAGUGAGCCCAGUCAAGUAUAAGUUAAUGGACAGUGUUAUACAUAGCAAUAUAUAGUCUGUGUAACUCAAACUCCACUAUCCAGGGCUGUAGCUGGCCCCUCCCCGCGGCCGGUGGAUGUUGGGCGGGCUGCUAUAAGCGAGAUUUAAUCAGGCUAAGCAAUAUAAGCAGGGCAGAUAAUGUAUUUAACGUUUGUAUAAAGCCAUAGUCCAUUACAGUAUUACGUGUACUAGUUGUAAAUACUUGUAGUAAACGCGUUUUACAGGACAUUGCAAUUGACAAAGCAAGUCACUGUUAACUUCUAUGAUACUAUCUCUUUAUAAGAUGUUGUUAACGUGCCGUUUUAGCCUGUUAUGUAAUGAUGGGUCUGACCUGGUCAGUAUUAUUGUGAGGCGUUCUUUAUCACUGCUUGUAUUUGUGUAACACACGACAUUCAAAAUGUACAGUGUAAAGUUGACUUGUAAAUAUAGUACAUCAAGUAUUGUCCAUUGGUUUGAAGUUUUACAUUUUGUACCUUUCAUACACUCUAGAAUACACUC